AUGCAUUCCGCGUUGGAGCCUGAGAGAAACGAGGAAGAUGAACCACGUGGAGGAGGAAGCAAUUCUCUUAAGAGGAAAUUCUCUGAAAUCGAUGGAGAUCAGCCUCCUGAUGGGCUAAAGCUACUCUUUUUCUCCUAUGUUUGCAGCAGUUAUGAGUCGAAGGUCUACGAGGUUGCAAAGAAGAGGAACACAAUUGCUCUUCUGGGGACAGGAACUGAUAAGUCAGGGAUAACCAACAUGCUUAUCAAAGCCAUGUCCUCUUCUGAUUCCGUCAAAAGAUUGAUAAUUGUCUUGGCUCCGACUGUAAAUCUUGUCAAACAGCAAUGCUGUGAGAUCAAAGCACAAGUGAAUCUCAAGGUCCAAGAGUAUUUUGGAGCUAAAGGAGUUGAUAAAUGGACAUCCCACCGCUGGGAAGAGGAACUUAGCAACCACGAUGUUCUGGUUAUGAUUCCUCAAAUACUGUUGGAUGCCCUCAGAAGUGGAUUCCUGAAAUUAGAGAUGGUAUCUCUUCUAGUAAUAGAUGAAUGCAAUCGCACCACUGGCUUUCAUCCCUAUGCGAAAAUAAUGAAGGAGUUCUAUCACAAAUCUACUGACAAACCAAAGAUAUUUGGAUUAACUACAUCAGCCGUCGUUAGAAAAGAUCAAGUAUCACAACUUGAGAACGUCAUGGACUCACAGAUUUUUAACCUUGAAGAGGAGCAAGGGGUGGAAAAGUUUGCUACAACAGUAAAAGAGGGUCCAAUAUUUUAUGACCCACCACCUUUCUGUAGUUUGGAAUUGAAAGAAAAGCUGGAAACUUCGCACCUCAAGUUUGAUGCUUCUCUUUUAAGGCUUCAAGAAGUGGAAAAAGGCAGUUUUUCCAACAUCGAUGAUAAGCUUAAGACAUCUCAAAAGCAAAUGUCCAUUGACUACAGCGAGAUUUUGCAUUGCCUUGAUAAUCUUGGGCUGAUUUGCGCGCAUUUGGCGACUGAAGUCGGCUUGGAGAAAAUCUCAGUUUUGAAAGAGGAAAGUGAAGCUUAUAAAGAAUGUUCAAUGGUUUGCAAGGAAUUCCUUGAGGAUAUCUUAUUCAUAAUUGGGGAGUAUUUGAAGCAAGAAAAUAAGAAUUCAGUAGAUUUGCAGCAAGACAAUCUGUCAGCAGUGAAAUUGGGACGUGUAUCUCCAAAGUUACAAGAACUCUUCCGUCUAUUGGAUUCAUUUAGAGGUGAAAGACAAAAGCCAUGCCUUAUUUUAGUUGACAGAAUUAUCACGGGAGAAGUGAUCAAAAGAUAUGUGAAGAAAGAAGCCUCUUUAGCUCACCUUAAUGUCUUGUAUCUAAUCGGAAAUAAUGCCUCCACCCAGGCAUUGGCACAGAAAACGCAAAUUGAAAUCCCUGAUUCAUUUCAUGUUGGCAAGGUGAAUCUUUUAUUUAUCACUGAUGUGGUUGAAGAGGGAUAUCAGGUACCAAAUUGCUCAUGCGUGGUAUGUUUUGACCUGCCCAAAACAGUGUGUAGUUACUCGCAGUCUCAAGAACUGGCCAAACAGAGUAACUCUAAAUCUAUUAUGUUUCUUGAAAGGGGGAACCCGAAACAAAGAGACAAUCUGUAUGAUCUUAUGCGAACAGAAGUCCCAAUGCGAGAUCCAGAAACUCCAAACUUGAAAUUGUGUCUACCUCCAGUGAUAAAUGGCCAUGAUGUGAAGGAAAAUGCAGUCAUGGUUAUUCCAGAUUCUAGCAUCACUGUCAUUGAGGAAGCAGCUGCCACUCAAACUAUAAUUGAUCCUCCUAGUGCAAAUGAGCAGUUAGCAUGUAAGAAGUUACGUCAACUGGACGCAUUGGAUAACCAAAUUUUACAAUGCAGCGCCAAAAAGAAGGUUGCCUCUUCUAAAAGUAAACCAUCUUCAUCGGCUGCAGGUUCAAAAAAACGUAAGGAGUUGCACGGGACAGCCCGUGCAAAUGCAUUGUCAGGAACCUGGGGAGAAAAUCUUGAUGGUGCCAUCUUUCAGGCUUAUAAGUUUGACUUCUGUUGUGAUAUUUCUGAGGAGGCGUACUCGAGUUUCUCUCUUUUGAUUGAGUCAACCCUUGCCGAGGAUGUGUGUAAUGUCGAGAUGGACCUUUACUUGGUCAGGAAGUUAGUUAAGGCUUCCAUCUCUCCUUGUGGCCAGAUACGCUUGAGUCACGAAGAGAUGAACAAAGCAAAGUGUUUUCAGCAGUUUUUCUUUAAUGGCAUGUUUGGAAAGUUGUUUGUUGCAUCUAAGUCACUGGGAACAAAGAGAGAAUUUUUGCUUCAAACUGACACAAGUUCUCUUUGGCAUCCUUCCUUUAUGUUUCUACUCCUACCAAUUGAAUCAAAUAUUCUAGUUUCAAGUGUGACGAUUGAUUGGUCGGCUAUCAACUUCUGUGCCUCGGUAGUUGAGUUCUUGAAGAAAAAUGCUCUCCUUGAAUUUCGGGUUAGUGAUGGAAAUCAUUGCAACACCUCACUCGGUCAGGAGGUUUUACUCAAGGAUGAAAAAGAUGAUAUGAAUCUGAUUCAUUUUGCCAACGGUUCAUCGGAUAAAAAUAGUCUGGAAGAAGUUGUGGUCGUUGCAAUUCAUACCGGAAAAAUAUACUCUAUAGUUGAUGUUGUAAAAGAUUCUUCUGCUAUGAGCCCGUUUGCAGAUGAUGCCUCAUCAGAAUAUGCUAGCUAUGCAGAAUAUUUUAAUAAAAAGUAUGGGAUUGUACUGGCGCACGUGCACCAGCCGUUGUUGAAGUUGAAGCAGAGUCACCAUGCGCACAACCUUUUAGUCAACUUCAAUGAAGACAUGCUUGUGAAGACGGAAUCAGUAGAUGGUAAUGUUAGAAAAAGAAAACCAAAUAUCUAUGCGCAUUUGCCUCCGGAGCUUUUGGUCAGAAUUGAUGUGCCGCGUGCUGUGCUAAAAUCAAUCUACUUGCUGCCCUCAGUGAUGCACCGCCUAGAGUCUCUAAUGUUGGCCAGCCAGCUUAGGGAAGAUAUUGAUUGCAACAUUGAUAACUUCAGUAUAUCGAGUACAUCAAUUCUUGAAGCACUUACAGCACUGACAUGCUCUGAAGCGUUUUCCAUGGAGCGGUUGGAACUGCUUGGAGAUUCAGUCUUAAAAUAUGUUGUGAGCUGUUAUCUAUUCCUUAAGUAUCCUGACAAAGACGAGGGACAACUUACGCGGCAGAGGCAAUCGAUUAUAUCUAAUUCAAAUCUUCACCACUUGGCAACAGAUCGCAAACUACAGGGAUACAUAAGAAACGGUGCUUUUGAACCGCGUCGGUGGACCGCACCUGGUCAAUUUUCUCUCUUUCCCAUUCCUUGCAAGUGUGGGAUUGAUACUAGAGAAGUACCAUUGGACCCAAAAUUCUUCACAGAGAACAUGACUAAAAAAAUUGGAAAGUCUUGCGACAUGGGUCAUAGAUGGACGGUUUCAAAAUCUGUAUCAGAUUGCGCAGAGGCCUUGAUUGGUGCCUAUUAUGUUAGCGGUCGAUUGCCUGCGGCUCUUCAUAUGAUGAAAUGGCUUGGUGUUAACAUCGAGUUUGACACAAAAUUAGUCACUGAAGCCAUCAAUAGAGUUUCUCUACGGUGUUACAUCCCUAAAGACAAUGAGCUCGCGGAGUUGGAGACAAAGAUCCGACAUGAAUUCUCUGCGAAGUUCCUUUUAAAAGAGGCUAUCACACACUCUUCUGUUCAUGAAUCAUAUUCGUAUGAGAGAUUGGAGUUUCUUGGUGAUUCUGUACUGGAUUUUCUAAUCACCCGUCAUCUUUUUAGCACCUACGAACAGACAGGGCCAGGAGAGAUGACUGAUCUUCGUUCUGCAUGUGUAAAUAACGAAAAUUUUGCACAAGUUGCAGUGAAAAAUAAUCUGCAUACCUACCUUCAACGCUGUGCUGCAGCUCUUGAGACUCAAAUAAAUGAGUAUUUGAUGUCUUUUGGAAGGCCAGAUGAAACUGGUAGAUCAAUCCCUUCAAUACAGGGCCCUAAGGCUCUUGGAGACGUGGUGGAGAGUAUCGCUGGAGCAUUGCUGAUUGAUACAAGGUUAGAUCUUGAUCAGGUGUGGAGAGUCUUUGAGCCAUUGCUUUCUCCACUUGUAACUCCGGAUAAACUUCAGCUUCCUCCAUUCCGGGAGCUCAAUGAGCUAUGCGACUCUCUUGGGUAUUUCUCCCGGGUGAAAUGCACAAAUGAUGGUGUGAAGGCACAAGCCACGAUCCAGUUGCAGCUGGACGAUGUUCUUCUGACCGGAGAUGGAUCUGAACAGACAAAUAAACUGGCAUUGGGAAAAGCAGCUUCACAUUUGCUUAAGCAGCUUGAGGAGAGGAACAUUUCACGUAAAAUCUUGAUCGGGGAUAAUCAAAGUUCCAUGGUUGUCGAUCUUGCUUGCAAUCAUAGCGACAGAGAAACUCUGGCUUCAGAUUCUAUUGAAAUUCAGAGUGUAGUGAUCCCAGUUAUAGGACCUAUAAACAUGAAGAAAGGAGGGCCCCGUGGAACUCUACAUGAGUUCUGCAAGAAGCAUCUCUGGCCAGUGCCUACUUUCGAAACCCUGGAAGAGAAAUCUCGAACUGCGUUUGAAUUCACAGAUGGCGAUGAGAAGCGGACUAGCUUCAGCAGUUUCAUAUCGACUGUAACCCUAAGGAUACCCAAUCGUGAGGCUGUACUGUAUACUGGAAAAGCCAGGCCUGACAAAAAGAGCUCCUUUGACUCUGCAGUAGUGGAACUGCUCUAUGAGCUUGAGCGCCGCAAGAUCGUCACCAUACAAAAGUAA